AUUUUCGUGAUCCGUCGCAUUUACUUGUCAGGACAGUCAGUCAUUCAGUCAUGACUUUUUCCACAUUACGUGUUUUAUUUUAACAUAAGUUAUUGAUUACUGGGUCAUACGUUGUUUGAUUAUUAAAAUGGCUACGUUAAUUCAAUCUUACGAGCAGCAGUAUUCAGUGCUUACGGCAGACAUUACGGCGAAAAUAGGGCGUCUGAAAUCUGGCAGUGAUGAUAAUCGUGACCAGUUAACACGGGAAAUACAAGCUAAUUUUGAGGAAGCUAAUGACUUGCUGGAGCAGUUGGAGUUGGAGUCUCGCGGCGCAGGUGCCGGCUCCCGCGUAGCCGCCUACCGAGCCGAACUGCAGCGUGUCAGGGAUGAAUACCGCUCUGUCGUCAAUAACACUGGAACAUACAAUUUCGACAAUGACGAAGUGUACGACGACUGGAGCGGCGCGCACGAGCAGCACCGCAAGCUGCUGGACAACACGGAGCGGCUCGAGCGCAGCGGGAAGAGCCUCACCGAGGGGUACCGCGUCGUGCUCGAGACCGAGCAGAUCGGGGCCGCCGUGCUGCAGGACCUCAGUCUGCAGCGGGAGACCAUCCAGAGGUCGAGGGGGCGGCUCCGCGAGACGGACGAGCAGCUGAACCGCUCGAGCCGGCUGAUGAACACGAUGGUGAUGCGCGCGCUGCAGGACCGGCUGGCGCUGCUGCUGGUGUUCCUGUCGCUGGGCGCGCUGCUGUGCGUGGCCGCCUACCUGUACGUCACGUAGCGGGCGCCCAGGGCCUGCGCAAGGCCCGUCGUGCAUGUCUGCAUGUUCAAGGACGAGAAUCGGAUUCGCUUCUAUGUUUAAUGUGUAUGUGACAGGUAGGAUGGCUCUGGUUUUGUUGUCAACUACUAUAUACUAUUAAAAACUUCUCUGCAGUCGUCUUUUAGUAUAUUAUAGGUGAUAUAAUAUACUUACUACUUAUGUAUGGAGUUGUAUGAUAAGGACGGCUAUAGAUAAAAAAAAUACGUAGAAAUGUUAAAUUGGACGAGUCUAAAUGCAUUAGUAAAAAAACAGCAUUUGCAAUAAUUUUAUUUUGUGAUAAACAGAAUCAGAGCCAAUGUUAACAGCUGUACUUACCGUGAGUGCAGUCACAUAGUUCUUAAGUUUAAUAUCACACAACUUAUUUCUUUAGGAAGUAAGUAUAUUCCUUAACAAAAGUCAAUAUCAACAUUUCCUAUACAAAUCUCACUAUUAGAUAAGGAUCAGUUUUAAUUUUAUUAAUUUAAAAUAUUUGAAUAAAAAAAAAAGAAAUUUGAGCUAUUAAAAUAAUCCACUCCUUUUUCUUAGAUCUUUUAACAAUAAACUAACAUUAUAUUUGUUGGAUCCCUUGUGUAAUGAAGAUAAUCAGUCAUAAAUAAAUACUUUCAGCCUUGAAUAACCUUCUGCUGGACAUUUUCUGCCUUUGCUUAGAUAUAUAUAGAUCUAUAAUAAUAAGCAUCAAACAAUAUGGAUAAACUAUUUCAAAUUAUUCUGACAUACUUACAAGUUAUUAUAACUUUCAUAGAUGUAAGAAAUAUAAUUAUGACUACACAGAAAUUAUUACAUGCAGUAUAAACGCAAAAUGAUAUAAAAUUAACAUUAGCUAAAGUAAAUAACACCUUUCAGAAAUUACAUUAUAAAAAAUAUUCGCUAUAUCAUGCAAACUCAUAUUAUCAUGUAAUUAAAAUUGCAAAUCUACUCACAUAAUGAAGUAAAGAUUUGCGUUUCAUUACUAUGUAUAGUUACCGGCACGGAUCUUGAGCGCUGACCUUCACCUACGCAGAAGUGAAUUUUUGGGUCCCUUUUGCGGUAUGGAGUGAGGCGCGGGGCGGAUAACGUGCAGUGAUUGGCCCGCAACGCCUCGUGCCAUAGCCGUCGCUAGUGAUUGGAUGAAAUUUGUUCUUUGCUGCAGUUGCAUGCAUCACAAGACGAGUUCGCACAAUCGAUUGGCGUUUUAUUUUACGAUGCGCAAAGCGAUCCCCACUCUUCCGCCGAGCGCUCAAGAUCCGUGCCGGUAACUAUAUCAAGUAUUAAAAUUAUCAUAACCGAAAUAGAUCUUAGUUAUAAUUGACUGCGAGCUGUAUCUUCGCAAGUAAUUUUAUUCAUAAUCGUAUUAAAUAAACGCAUUCCUGUCAGGUUGUUCUUAAUAUAUUUAAUGUUAGCACUCAUUGUAAUCCGUUAGAAGUAUGUAUUCCUAAUUAUUAUAAGGUUUGAUGUGAACAACGACUAUUGGCGCGGAAAUGGCAAAUGAUAUUCUUUAAAAAAAUGGCGGUUCUUGAUAAAAUUUAUAAUUGUAGGUAUGCAGUUCAGACACAAAAUUUGAUGUAUCACACUUAAAUAUUGUUAGCAUAAGAAUGGUUUUUACGUAAAAUUCGAAUCAUAUUUUAUAUGUAGUAAACUUUGAAAUACCCCAGCUUUCAAAUAUAAAUAAUUAUAGUUGUCUAACAACACAUACAGUCAUUGAUAUACAUUUCAAUAUGUAGUAAUAUUUGUAUUUAUACUUUAUCCAUUAUAUUAGUAGCCCAAGUCUUUGUUAUAUUCAGCAAAAAAUUAGGCAUUUAUAGUAGGAAGUAGGAUAGGGUGAAUUUGUAAUCAAACUAUUUAGCUUAUUUUUGUUAAACUGUCAGAAAUGCCAGAUGACUAUUGACAUCGCUCUCAUUGGAGUCAAGACAAUUUCAUAACUUUAAUCUGUCUCACAAAUAGACCCCUGUUUAAAAUAAUAAAAUUGUUUAUACGUAAUGCGUAUAAUAUGACGCGUGGGAAUGGGAAAUGGUUGAGACAGACGAUCUUUCUGCAUUAUUUAUGAACUGCAUGGUGACACAUGUGUAAGUUUGUCUUAAAACUGUCUUGACUCAAAUGAGCGGUCGACUUUAUUAUUUUAAUUGCCUGCUAUCGCUGGUUUAGGACGUUGUGAAAUAAAAAGGAGUUGUGAGAACUAGCAAGUGUACAGCGACAUUAUACUCUGUCCGUUUCAAUCGAAUCAGUAACCUGUGACUUUGGGACAAUUAAUUACCUGUCUAAAGAUUACUCAUAAAACGGACAGUGUAAAAAUUUUAGAUUUUACGUUGUUUAUUUAAGCUGAUGUUCACGAUAUCGCAAGUGUUCAUCAGCCGUGGACGACGAGGACGGAUCCUCGAGGUGUCUGUGAGUUUAGUCUGUACUUCUCAUGCUAAACAAUUGUUUUGUUUUCUCACUUGUUUUGUUUAAAUCACUUAUAAAUCAUGUUUAUGAGACUGUUUUGUAUAUUAAUGUAGAUAGACAAAUAUUUAUUGUAAUAAUCGUAAGUAUCUCGGGAUAAGAAGUGUAUUAAAUGUUUUAACUUUUAACGAAAA